GGCGCCAUUUUGAAUUGGCUGCGGGUCGGAGGCGGUGGCUGCCGAGUGCGGCUCCGCGUCCCCCGAGAAAACCAGGGAGAAGGGAGCGAGGGCCGAACAUGGCGGCGAAUCGGAACUUGAAGCAAGUGCGGAUCGAGAACAGCUCCCCGGCGGCGCCGCUGGGGAUGGUGGGCGGCGGCGGCGGCCUGAAGGGGCUGCGGGGCCUAGAGACGGAGAACGAGGCGGCGGCCAUGGCGUUGGUGCCGGGCAAGGAGGGUGGGGAUGAGGAGCAGGAGGGUGGGUUCACCAUCGACAUCAAAAGCUUUCUCAAACCCGGCGAGAAGAGCUACACUCAGCGCUGCCGCCUGUUCGUGGGCAAUCUGCCCACCGACAUCACCGAGGAAGAUUUCAAGCGCCUCUUCGAGCGCUACGGGGAGCCCAGCGAGGUCUUCAUCAACCGGGACCGUGGCUUCGGCUUCAUCCGCCUGGAAUCUAGGACACUGGCCGAAAUAGCAAAAGCAGAACUUGAUGGUACUAUUUUGAAGAGCAGACCACUUCGAAUUCGAUUCGCUACUCAUGGAGCUGCCCUAACGGUCAAGAAUCUUUCACCUGUGGUUUCGAACGAGCUGCUGGAACAAGCAUUCUCUCAGUUUGGACCGGUGGAAAGAGCUGUAGUUGUGGUAGAUGAUCGUGGCAGAGCUACGGGAAAAGGGUUCGUAGAGUUUGCAGCAAAACCUCCAGCACGGAAAGCUCUAGAAAGAUGCAGUGAUGGUGCAUUCUUGCUAACAACAACACCUCGACCUGUUGUUGUAGAGCCAAUGGAGCAAUUUGAUGAUGAAGAUGGGCUCCCAGAGAAGCUAAUGCAAAAAACACAACAGUAUCACAAGGAAAGAGAACAGCCUCCACGUUUUGCUCAACCUGGAACAUUUGAGUUUGAGUAUGCUUCACGUUGGAAGGCUCUUGAUGAGAUGGAAAAGCAACAGCGUGAACAGGUUGACAGGAACAUUAGAGAAGCCAAAGAGAAACUAGAGGCAGAAAUGGAAGCAGCUAGACAUGAGCAUCAGCUAAUGUUGAUGAGGCAAGAUCUCAUGCGACGUCAGGAAGAAUUGAGACGUUUGGAAGAACUUCGGAAUCAAGAACUUCAGAAACGCAAGCAGAUACAGUUGAGACAUGAAGAAGAGCAUAGACGCCGUGAAGAGGAGAUGCUACGCCAGAGGGAACAGGAGGAAUUGAGACGGCAGCAGGAGGGAGGAUUUAAGCCAAAUUUCAUGGACAAUAGAGAACAGGAAAUGAGAAUGGGUGAUAUGGGUCCUCGUGGAGCAAUUAACAUGGGAGAUGCGUUUAGCCCAGCACCUGCUGGUAACCAAGGCCCUCCUCCAAUGAUGGGUAUGAAUAUGAACAACAGAGGAACUUUGCCUGGCCCUGCAAUGGGUCCUGGUCCUUCCAUGGGACCAGAAGGAGCUGCAAAUAUGGGAACACCAAUGAUGCCAGAUAAUGGAACAGUGCAUAAUGAGAGAUUCCCUCAAGGAGGUCCAUCACAGAUGGGCUCACCUCUGGUUAGUAGAACGGGCUCCGAAACUCCUCAGCCGCCAAUGAGUGGCGUAGGUACCGUGAGUGGUGGACCUGGUGGCUUUGGUAGAGGAAACCCAGGGGGCAACUUUGAAGGACCUAACAAGCGUCGCAGAUACUAAAACUUACUUCAUUCCUUGCUGUUAAGAAAUUCCAGUAAACAUAUACAGUGAUAUGCUUUUAUAAUUUUAGCUGUUAUCUGGAAACGGUUUUAUUGUUACUGUAGUCUUUAAAACAGUUUCUUUUGUAAAACUUUUUUGUAUUCAGUCAUAGGCUUUGUAGUAUAGAGCAGAAAUUAUGCAGAUCAUUAUGUAAGGCAAUGUGUUUGUGACUAGCAAAAUACAGUGUGUGACUAUGCUGUAAAACAUGCGGUUAUCUGAUUACAAUAAAAUAUAAAAUUCUCUUGAAAGGAUUUUGGGAAUGUUAUUACAAAUACUGAGUGGGAAUAAUUUUAUGCUUGGUUAUAAGUGGCAUCGUUUUCAUUUUUAGUAUGCAGUUUCUACUUGUGUGUCAAAUUCCCUUCUUAGUAGUGAAUGUGUUCAGCUAGAACUGCAUGUUGCAGUACAUACUAUGAACUAUUUACAUUGCAACUGCUUCAGUUUGCUUCAACUUUUGAAGAGCAUAAAGUUUUAUACAAAGUGUUCUUUUAAGGAUACUGUGUCUUUUCAUCUCAGUCUCCCUCUGCAAAUUCAGUCUGACAGUGUCUGUCCUUUCAAUCACUGGAAAAAUAUAACUUUGAGAGAAAAAUAACCUCUGGAAAAGAAACCUGUAUGUUUAUUUUGUUCAUGAUGGAAUGAAUGAAUUUAUCUAAGAAACAUUGUGAUGUGUGUUCUAAUGAUUGUUAAAGUAUCCUGGCACUGCAAGGGAAGGAAGCAUUUGUGCAAGCUUGUUUAAAGCCUUCUGAUGUAUGAUGUAUCACUACAGGUAUACACGAGUACUUAUUUCCCCCAGUGGUUGACAUGAAACGAGUCUGUUAUAACGAUUAACUGUUUAAAUUAAAGACAAGUGUUCUCUGCUAAAAUCAUUGUUCACUCAUAGGUAGAGGAUUCAUAUGAUUCUAUGAUUCGUGAUGUGGUUUUACUGAACAAUGAAUUUGAAAAACACUCAUUUUCAAUAUUUCAGGCUAGUUUUGCUGAUCAGGUCUUAAGAUGGAACUAACGAUAAAGCUGCUAGGAAGCUUACUGUAUUCAAACUUCAUCAGUCAUGGAAGGUGAUGGAAAAGGCCUAUUGGUUCUAUUCCUGUAAUGGCAAGAAAGCGGGGAUGUUUUUGGUUACUAUUGCUUUUUUUUUCCUGUGAAAGUAUUAGUGUUCUGUUUUUAUCUGCUCGCUUCAUGUUUGCACAAGUAAAAAAGAUGAAUAUUAUCUGCAUGAAUAGCGGUAUUAAAUUGAUUCAAAACUAAUUUGAGGUAAUGUUGUUUCCUAAUUAAAUAAGGACGAUACGUAUGUAGCUCAAAGCAUGGGAUACAAGCAGCAGAGAGCAUGCAUGUGUUAUGUUCUAAUAUAGGAGUGAUGGUAAAUUGUGAUUAAAUAGUAAUGGGAGAAAUGCAUUACGGGCAUCUUGGAAAGCAUACUGUUUAAAUUGUCAAUGUUCUGUAGCCAAAGAUAGAGAUUGUUUUCAUGGAAUUUAAAUAUUACCAUGUACAUAGAUACUCACUUGUGGCAUUACUAAGCAUUUCCCUCUCAGUUGUCUCUAAUGUUGUCUUUUUUUCUGCUCUCAUUUAGAUGCAUGCCACAUCUUUAUAGUUGGUAUUACAAUAGCAAGAUAGAUUCAAAUUCUGAAAUACUCUGUUCGCUCCUUGAUAUGUGUAUCAUAUUAUAGCACUCAUUCUUAACGAACAAACAAAAACCUUAUAACCAGUUUUACUGAGUAUACUGUUCCUAAAACUGAUCAUUUGGGAAAAUUGCUACUAUUCAUUAGAUGUGAACUAGUAUUGGUAGCAAAUUCUUAGCUUUCUACUUUCAUGUUCUGCAUUCAGUUGAAAAUACAGUUUAUUAGUGUGUGUGUUAGAUUGCUUCUGUCCUAUCUCAUUGGGCCUCAUUUUGAACAUGACACUUUUAAUGGGGGUUGAGAAAGAUAAUGUUGAUGUGAGUUAUUUGGUGCUGCAUAAAUAAACUGCAUAACCAUAAAAGGGAACUUGGUUUAAAUAAGGUAACCUGUACCACGCUUAUGAGUUUUGUUCUGGUUUUUUUUUUUCAAAGAAAACUGUCAUUUGGACCUUCUGGAUUGACUCCUAUGUAUUCCAGGCAUAUAAACCACCAUCCCUGUAGUGUCUGAACAUGUUUGAGGAGCCCAGUUAGCAUACCAAACCUGAAGAAGUGGUUCAUAAUUUCCAGCCACAGCCUAUUUUAAGUGCAUGUACUUGUGCUGCAGUGUUUUUAUUUGCAAGCCAAGAUAAUGUGAAGGUUACUGUAGAUUUCAAUUGAUACUGGUGGUUUUCAUUCUGUAGUUGAGAGCCACUGUCAGUGUAAAACUGUGGUACUUGGAUGACUGCUGCAUGCUAGCAGUGAGUUUGUCUGCUGUCCUUAUUGCAGAAAAUCAUCUAAUCCAUGAACCAAGCCUUUAUGUCCAGAAAGAAAGAAAUGCAAAAAUGCUGAAUUUGGAUGCAUGUAACAAUUUAAUGAAUUCCAUUUGUAACUAAUGACAGGCUGCCCUGUCUCUAAGAAAAGUUUUCUUAGUGUUAUCUGGCCAUACAAUCAACUUGACUGUAUACUGCUCAGCAGUAAAGGCAGUGAUUUUCAUUUUGCCGUAUGUGGUAGUGACUGUAGCUGUACAAUGGUAUAUAGUUUCCUUAGAAAUUACAGAAUUAGAGUUUUUUGCUUGAAGAUAAUGCCCACGUGCUCAAAGUGAUUCAUCCAGCUUAAAAGGAGUUAAUCAGUUUUUCUGUUGCUUGAAUUUUGAACUUUUUGGUAUGUUAGACUGGAAAGAACAGUGAGGUCCUGACUGCUGUAAUCUGUGGCAGUACAAAUAAGCUUGGAAGGAGUGUGAGACUGAUGACAACAUUAUUUCUUUUCUUUGUCUUUGAGUUCUUAGGUUAUCUAUGAAUUCAGUGUAAAAUAUGUGCUAUUAAUAAGACAUGUUUCAGUACAUGCAGGCAGUAAAGCUUUAAUGUUCCAUCCAAGUAAAACCAAACAAAACCAACAACACAGAGUCCUCAUAGAACACUACUGUGUAUUCUGUUUUUUUUUUUUGGAACAAAAUGGAGCACAUUUUGGAAUAAUGAAAAUCACUCUGCUCAUUUAUUAGCUUGUCAUCCAUGAGCUCUUGGUGAUUAAGGUGUGACAGCAGUAGGUGGCUGCCCUGAUUGGGAAAAAAAAGUUAAUGCUGAUAAAAUGUUGACAAAUAAACAUUCAGAGUAGUCUGAUGUGGGUCAGUGCAUUUUUCCUCUAUAAAUAUUACGUGGGCAAUUGAUGUAAAAUCUUUGAGAAACGCUUCUCUUGAAUACUCUUGAGGAAGUAGUUAGGAAUUGGUUUGGUUUGGUUUUGUUUGUUAGUGGAUAUGGGCAUUCAUUGCUGGGAUGAAAGGAAAGCAGUGAGAGCCACUGAAACACUGUGAGAAGCUGUUACUGCAGUUGAGCAGCAUGUUCACAUGGUCCAGCUUGUUAAUUGCAUUUGCAUUUAUCGCCACAGUCAUUUAAAGAACAAAAAAAUCAUUUUGGUCGUGAGUUGAUUUGUUUAUAGCUUUUCAUUCCAGUGUGCUCAUUAGGUGGAGCACAUGGAUGCCUUGAGGAACUCGGUGGUGAUUCAUCUACUUGAACUGCAUUUAUUUUGUAAGAAAAACAUUAAAAUGACUGUGAAUUAUCUAACUGUUGUUCUUUAUUGUGCACUCCUGUAUUUUAUGCAGUUGAACCUAAAGAUACAGUAGAGUGAAGACCUUCAUUAGGAUGGGGGUUGUAACAGACGGCAAGGACACAAUGGAAACUGAAUAUUGCAUGGACUUAAUUUUAACCAUGAUCUAAUAGAAGUUUAUAGCACAGACUCAUUGAAUGGUGUUCUGACCUAAAGUAUAUCCUCAUAUUUUCACAUUUAUACCAAGCUAAUUUUCCCUCUUGGUUUUUUUCUUUGGAGCUUUAAAAAUAGAAUAGUAAUUAGAGAUUCUUUUAAUAAAGGUACUACAUUAAAAAUAUAUGAAGUUCUGCGAAGUGCUGAUUAUUAAGCAGUUACAAUCUGCCUAGAGAUAACUGCUCAGUAAUGCUGAAGUAAAUGACCUGAAGGACAUUCUCAUGUUAUUAAAAAAAAAAAAAGUGUACACAACAACCUCACAUGUUUUUGGUUCAGGUAUUCAGCAAAGGAAUGAUGUGCUCUGAUGCCACGAGGCUCAGUUUUUUUUUUUUAGUUGUGAGAACUCAUUGGCAUACAUCUUAAUGUAUAUAUUUUUAAUAAGUUGGAUGAUAAUGCCUUCUCAUUUAAGAUGAUGGGUAUUAAUAUAUAGCAAAAGAGCUGUUGAAAUAGAAGGGAAGGCCACGUGGUGACUAAUGAAGUCCCUUUACACUGAGCCAUAGGUGUGAGUGGAUUCAGAGUCCCAUUCCUGAGGUUUGGGAUGGUGCGUAUCCAUACAUCAUCUUUACACAGUCUGCAUCCACGAUGUCUUGUUAGCUCAUGCUUCACACCAAGACUGUGGGACUUGAGAUAGCAUUUGAAAUACGAGUUAUUUCAUUGUGUUCUCAGGUGCUCUGAAUUUAUGAAUUUGGGCACUCUGCUGCCAAAAAAAAAAAUAAGUCUUGGGAUUUGGUGCUUUCCUUGGGACGUUGGCCUCUGGCCCAGUGCAGUAUCGCGCCCACCUUCCAGAUCCAUCAGUAGUGAGGAGGCAGUGAGUGUGGCCUUUGGGAAUCAGGAGCUGGGCAUUACUAUGUUAAACUAUUGGUUUAUUUGAGACUGGAUCGUCCUCAAAGCAUUUGUUUUCAUUAAAAUCAACUUGAUGAAGCAUGAAAACUAAAUAGAAGGAGCGAAUAAGAACAUUUAUUGCUUGGUCAUACAUAAUUUUUCCCAUAGGAUUGGCAGUUCGUUGUCUUUUGGAAUACACCAUAAAAUAGACAUAGGAUGUCUUCCAUUUUGGCCUUCUUCUGCUGUGAAGAAAUCUGUUUGUUUGUUUCCCAUUGAACAUUUUGAAAAUCGUAGUUGAAGGCAUUUCAGGUUUGUUUUCGUAGUCAUCUGCAAAGUACUGAUAUUUAUGUAAAAAAUAAGGUUAUCUAAAUAUAAUUGUAGGAUAGACAAAAUGAACUAAAUGUUAAUUUUUUGUGAAAAUAAUGUCUUUGUUUUUAAAGCAUGUGAAAACCAGCCUCGUGAGCAUUCAUUCUCAGUGGGAUAGAUUUAAUGGGUCUUUUCCAUCUCAAACUUCCUCAAACUGUGUUUGAUAUAAUUGAAGUUUGGUAUUUAUUUGAAUAACUUCAUCCUGAUGUCUAAAAUUGGUAAUAGGUGGAUUUCUUCAGAAGAGUAGCUGAGAACAGCCGCCUUUUUUCCUCAUGGAAGGAAACAUUCGGAACAGUUUUAAGGUUAGCGAUGAAUAGAGGUAAUGUAGGUAAAUAUAGGACAAAUCAUUUUUAAAGCUUUUCACCAUUGUUUUUUAUAUACAACCACAUUAACGGAAAAACAGCUCUGUAAAUGUGAGCAAACACGUGCCGAUUUGUAUGUAACACCUCACAUGGGAGACAAAAGGCUUAUAGCAAGAGGUAUGAGAUUCGAAAGGAGCUUAGCUGUGUUAUUGCCUACAAGCGUUGGUAAGAUUGUUCACUUUGUGUUAGAAACUGGUUUGUCUAGAGCUCUAUUGCUUGGAGUUUCACUGGCGUGCUUUUAUGUCUCAUUUCUCUAGAUAAAGCAUAGCUGUAUAAUAUGAUGGAAUUGACAUGCUAAAUGUACGUGGGGCGCUAAGUGCUUGACUUAGAAGAAGCGCAGUCAGAAUAAAGAUGUUGUUCUUCCCAUUGGUUUCUCAGUUAAAAAAGUUUGCACACAAAUUUAAACAGGAUUAAAUGUGAAGUCUUGUAUGUACAUGGAAAAUGGGGUGGGGGAAUAAAGAAACGUUAAAAACAGGAGAAUUGUGGUUUAAUUCCAUGUCUACGUGAGAUGUACAAAAGUAACUUGAAUCCUUGUUUUCCGUGAAACCCACAAACUUAUUUUUAAUGGGAAGGAUAGAAAUGCCAGUUACAUUAAUUAAUCUCUUGGAUUUUUUAAACUAGGAGCUAGUUUUGCCAAUGAAAAUCAGAAGAACUGGAAUGAACAGAUAAUUGGAUUCUUCUUAAUAUUCAUGAAUUGUAGGGAAGGUCAUUGCAAUUGGACACAUUUCCUGUGCUCCUCUUUAAAAGAGAUUCUGUAGCACGUGAAUGUUGUGGCUGGGUACAGCAGCUAGAUACAGUGUACAGGCCUCACAUUUCUCUCUUCUCCACCCAGUGGAAAUCCAAACUUAUGCUUGUGUAUCAUUGCCAGAGCAAGCAGAUAGUGGUAUAAAGGAAAGUAAAAUAGUAUUUACUGUGAAAUGUGGAAUAGGGCGAGGAUAUUUUCAUUAGAUCCUUCUGCUUUUAUUUCAUUGUAAUCAUUUAUGUGGAAGGGAAAGUAAUUUUAUUCUCAGUGAAUGCUUGAAAAGAAGAAAACCAAAUGGUUUUCCCUCUUCAGAUGACCAUAUAUGCUUAAGCAAGGUGGAAAGAGGAAAUGUAAUUAAUCUUGAAAGAUGCAGAAACCACAGACGUUAUAUUAUUUUUGCAGCUGAUUGCUCCUGGUGUCAUUGACAUUCUAAUAUGCUUCUUUUUUUUAAGCUCCAUUAUAGAUACUGCUUUACCUUUAUUAUUUCCUGUAAAAGGAUUAAUCCUGCAGUGCUGUUGCUAAGCUUGGCAUAAAAUCGCAGAAAGAAGAGUGUGUAAACCAGUUACUGUGAUAUUGGAGAGCACAGUCUCUGAACUGACAGCUGGAAAGUGGUCUUUUAAUCUGCUUACAGAUGUUUUAAAUGUUUGUAUGCUGAUGAGAAAUCUUGAACAAAUUUGAUGUCUUUGUGUACAUAUAAAAAGAAUAAAUACAUUGCUGCAGAUAGGAAGAGCCAUUUGCUACUUGCCUGCUUUGUGCCAUCCUUACAUCUCUAUGCCCAUGCUUGCUGCUCUGAGCAGGGCAAGGGAGCCUCAUGAAUGUUAUUGAUUGUGCUCAUUACAUGGGGAAGGAGGGAAGAACAAGGGGAGGGCAGUGAGACAGGACUAUAUGAGCAUGGACUUGGGUUAGUUUGCACUGUAUCUACGUACUGCAAAGAGAAUGCAAUUUUAUAUGAGAAUGCAAUUCUCAUUGAGUGAAACUUCAUUUCUUUUCAGAACUUUGAAGAAAAAUUUAGCUAAGAAAUGUCUUUCAGGCCUCAGAUCUCUGAAUAGUACAGUUCCAUUUUAUGUUGUUAAGUACUUGACCUAGGAGGGCAACUAUUCAGAAUAAUGAGGAGUUGGUUGAGCCAAAUUCUAUAUGAGCUUAACCUGUCUGUUCACUUUGUGCAGUUUUUGUGGUUGUUUGGAAGUCAAUAAAAGACAGAAAAUAGCAUUCUUCAUGCUUUCUCCAAGAAAGAUAAUACAUACAGUUGCUUUAUGGAAGCAAACCUAUUCAUACAUAUUUUUUCUUCGAAGAAAACUUGAGUUGAAGUCACAAAGAUGGGAAAUACUGUCUUUAGAAGGCUGACAUUCUUCAUUCUUUAAUGCAGUAGCACUGCGUUGUUUCAGAUAUUCUUGUAAGCACUUCUAAGGGGCAGAGCAUUUGAAAGGUAAGCUGCAUCUCCAGUUUUAAGCAACUUUGAAUCAAAACCUCGUCCAGAAAGCACAGAAGGAAAAGUGUAAUAAUGAAAUGGUAGCUCGUCUUCUGUUUUGUUCCAGUGUGGAGCAUUGUGCUCCCAGGACUCAACAUCAUUGUGCUGGUGGUAGCUCCACAUCUGAAAUUUUGAAAACCAGAGCUGUACCAAACAAUACAGAAGCUGUUUGUGACUUAGCAUGUGCCAAAUACAGUGAUUACAUUUCAAAAAUGGAAAGUUCAGAAUUCUGAAAUAAAAUCUAUAAAAUAAUUGUCAUAUGUUAAAUGGCUGGUCUGUAAGUGAAAAUUGUCAACUUGGCGGUUGAAAUUUAGAGCUGCUUACUAUAUGUGCUGGUUGAUUGUUGCCAUGUUAUGCUUUGUUCAUAGUUUUUGCAAUACUCCUCAAUGCAUGUUCAGUUUUGUUAAUCCUUGCAUCACACUUGUGUGCAAUAUCACCUUGCAUUCACAGCGCUGAAUGCAAAAAUGCAUGGAGGUGGGUACUAGAGCAUUUGUUUACUCUUAUGUAACUGUUGUUCAGAAGUGUUUUUUCUUGCUAAGCUUGCUUUAUUUUGUGUUCGCUUUGCUUGUUCUGUGCAAAAUAUGCUUUUCUUGUUGCAUGUGGGGAAAAAGUAUCAAGUCAUUUUAAGGAAUUUCAGUUCCUUUUAUUAGGAACUGAAAUUCUGAGGGUGCUUCUUACUGUUCUUAAAAUGACAGCUUAGAAUAAAUUCAUUUGGAAUACUUUUCUGCACGUCUACACAGAUUUUUUUCCCUGCUUAGGGACUAUUUCAGUAUUAAUGUUAAUAAGAUUGAAUUUGCAUAUAUCUGUUCUUAAUCACAAACGUGUGCAAGACAGUAUUGUAAUCACAGAUGACUCAAUGUUUGCUAUGAACAGUGCUGUAACUCCUUGAGUUGUACGAAAUGUAACAAAAAUAGUCCUAUCAUUUUUAAAUUGGAACACCAAAAAAUUGUACUUGAGAGUACAACUGCCCACUGUGGGGGAAAACAGUACAAACUUGUGGACAAAUUAUCUGAUUUGAGUUGCGUUGUGUUACUGGCCUUGCAUUUUUUGCCCUUUGCACAGAACUAUUUGUUAUAAAGACUUAACAAAAAUACCAUUUGUCUUAUUUUGUCUCGGACGUUAGGAUUAACUCACUGUAGUAGCAUCUGGGAAAUAGAAUUUGUUGGAUUAGGCACAUGUACCUGAGUGUAGAUGAUGCCACAUGGUCUGAAUAUCAUAAAUAGGAUAAUAGAAAUGGUGGUAGUUACUGAAGAGUGCUGCUGUGUUUUACUUCUAAGUUGGAUAAGAAUUAGUCUUAAGCAUUAGUCUUACUAUCUUUGAAAUAAAGCCAUGUAUCUUCUAGUUAACCAUAAAAGUGAAUUUUUUAGGUGUCUGAUGUUGUUGGAAAAUAAACACUGAUUAAAACAACUGCUUACAGUGGUGCUCUAUUUGCACUUCUCCUUUAUUGCUGUAGUCACAGAAGUACUCGCAGGUUUGAAAGUGUUCAUCUGUAGGUGUUUGUAGGGGAGAGUAAGGGGUUCUUGCAAUGUAUGCUGCUUAACUAUUGAGGCCUUAAAGUGGGAAAACUGGUAAUGCAGAAAAUACUUGGUAUUACUGUAAUAAAAAAAAAACACAACAACAACAAACUAAGAAAUCAGUGAUCUUCAAAGCUACAGUGUCAAGGAAAGCUAAUGGUUUGUUUUUCAAGAAGGUGAGAAAACGUUUCUUUUUUUUACUAGAGAUUGUAAAUGUUUGUGGAGCGUUAGAGCUCUGAAUCUUGCACUGGUCUGACACGAGGACGUUGUGGAGCGCAAGCCUUGGGUUACUUUGGUGAGAAAUUUGUGGGGUUUUUUCCCCCUGCUGCAAUCCACAGAGCACUAGAAGAAGAGAUGUAUAAAGUAAUGUGAUACACUAACUUUAGCAUUGAGCUGAAGCAUGCAUCUUUGAAGACUGUCAACGGCUUCCUUCAGGUGUCCUUAUCCAUUAUGUUAGGACUUUGUUCCCUGUUCAGGUUUUAUUCACUGUAAAAGACUUCAGCUUUUCCUGAUGAUAUGCGCUGUGUAAGACUAUUUGGGUCCUACAAUACCAAACUUGGUAGAAAUAGGUUAGAGUUACAUGGCAAGUCAUUACACCCCAUGUGUUUUAUUACUGUACCAUGACCUGCUGUAUGGUUGAAAGGAGGUUUAACAGUGUAUCCUGAGGGGAAAAAUGUAGUUCUUUUAAAAUAAUUUUGAAAUCUUUCUGUCUAAAUAAUGCACAAGAGUUAAGUGACAAAAUGCAGGAGAACUUAAAGAUAGAUAGCUACCCUUCCUUGACUCCUCAGUGCAUGCAGAUAGUAAUAUGGAGAAGUCAGAAGAGACGAUUUCUCAGUCUGGAUUUACACAUGGAGGGAGAUGGCAGGGCAGAACAGCAGAUGAUAUCUUUUAGUUCCUUUCAUCUAAAAUUCUGGAGGCAGUCAUAAAAGUAGAACCACCAGAUAUGAUCCCUGAUAACUUUUAUCUAAAUUUCUCGGAUGUGGUUUAGAGUUCUCCAAUAAAUGAAACUAGUUCCAUGUAAAUAUGUAAAUAAAAUACACACUUUAAUGGACAAGAUAAGUCUUAGAAGCGUGUGUUUCAUGAAGAUACAAGGACUAAUGUCAGUGGCAAGUUGUUCACAUUUCCUCCUAUUUUUUUGGCUAUAUGUCAUGGUUUCAUGGGCCGAACUCUAACAAUAUAUGUAACGUAAAAGGAGGAGAAAUCGAAAUUUAUGAAUGGCACGUAAGGAAAGACUGCACGUACAAAUCAAAAUCUUGCUGGAGGGGAAAAAAAUGCAGAAAUAGGUAAAAAUUUGCCACUUCUUCUAGUAGAUAGCUUCUGUCAUGAGAUUUUGAGGAGUUCUUGCUUUAAAACACAGAUGCAAGACCUACGUUCUGCUGUUUUGCUUUGGUUGUGGCCAAACAACCAGAAUAGGACUAUCAGGAUUUCCAUUUAUGAUUCAUGUAAUUAUCUUGCCACAGUGAUAAAUCUGAGGAACAGAUAGUUGAAGGUCAGUGCCUGAGGUGGUUUGCCUGCUGAUUGGAUAUGUAUGCUACCGCACAGCUGUUGUUACUCUGCCAAUUCUGCCAAUCUGGCAGUGCCCUCAGUUACCUCAGCAGUUGCUUUACCCACCUCAGGUAAUGAAGUUUCUUCAUGGCUGUAUGGAUGCUUCUAAAAGUUUUUUGCCUCUUUGGCUUAGUGAAUUUCAUUUGCACAGUGGUAGCUGCUGCCAUUUGGGUGUUGGGGGCGGUGUGGUCAUGAAGUACUUUGCCCCAGCUGCAAUCCAUUUGGCUUUCACCUCUUCAGUCACUGCAGUUCACUUCCAAAUAAUACUUUUUAUGGAUGGAUUACAGAUGUGAGUUCUCAAUGAGGUGUAAUAUAAAGCUAUUACAUUUAUAUUGUCAACAACAUGAAUUCCGUGGGUAGCUUCAGAUGUGCUAGAGGAAAUGAACGUGGGUGAUUAUUGUAGUCCACUUCUCUAAUCAUGCAAUAAAAGUGUGAACUCCUUGUUCUACUUGUGUGUCCAGGUGCUGUUUCAUCUUCAAACUAUUUAGAUAUCUGUAACCAUUCUAGAUUACACACUUUGAUGCAAACUAGAAUUACUCAAAUGUAUGCAUAAGCUUACCAUGUGGCACAGUCAGCAGUCAGGUGCUGAUCGGAUGAAAGAUUUUCUAGAGCUUGAAAUUGAAGUUAACCGAAAUAGAUCUUAAAUAACAUGGAGACAGAGUUUUGAGAAGGCCAGAAUAAAGUGGAGCAGAAGAGAAAAGCUGAAUAUGAGCUCUUUUGUUGCUGAUCCGUAAAAAACGAUAGGUGAAUCUGAUGUUCUGUUAACCUUCUAAAGAAGCUGACUCAUCAGAUGGCACACCGAGUUUUGGUUUGAAAUAUGGACUUUGAUGGAGAAACUGCUGCUUGCUUGUAUGGAGGUUCUUUUCAAAACAGCAAAUGAUAUUUGCAGCGUUAGAUGGAUUGUUUUUAUUGUAUAUGUUAAAAAAGGAAAGCAGGUAAUGAAGUAACUCUGUGUUUUAGGCUACGUUCAUACACUUUUUUAUAAAUGUGUUGAUAUGUUCGAAUUUGUCACUUAACGUACUUGGAUAACUGAUUUUAAACAUGAAAAUUACAGUAUGAGCUUACAUCUUGAAAUCUGAACCAACUCCAGUGAAAAAUAAGUCAGUCUGUCUUGGAUUCAAAACAUUUUCAUCUUGAAUAUGACGCCAUCUGACCUACCUUUGUAUGUAAGUGGGUAACAAAAGGAAGUUCCCUGUUUCUUGUAUGUUCUUGGCUUAGCUCUGAUCAAAUGCGGUUUCAUUAUUAAGUCUUUUAGAGUUCAUUGUUUUCAAAUGAAGAAAGUUGUAGAUAACUGGAUUGUCAUUUUACAGGGUGGUGGGAGAGGAAGGGUUAAUUUAAAUAGUAUUACUAAAAAGUACUGAAGUGUGUUGGAUAGUUAAAUAUCAUGUUAAUAUUAUGCUCUUCUCUUCACUGUGUUAACAGAUGCUUCCUAGCUUUGUAUGAGAUAUGAGACAUAAUGCUUUUUUUAUUAUUUUUCAUUUAUCUGUUCCGUAUUGGGUAGGGUCAAUAACUUUAUCCUACAGGUGGAAGCCACCCUAUGAAAAUAAGGCAAAUAAAGUAGUAGUAGAAAGUUGAGAAAUGUUAGUGUAGCAUUCAGUAAAGUACGUCCAAUUGUGCGAUUAAGGGCCAACUUGCCAGAUGAUAACGAUUGCUUAGCAAUCACAAGUUGAGAAUCUCUGCUCGUUGGUUUUAUAUGGUGGAGUUCACCAUAUUAAAUUUGCUGCAUUAAAUAUUUUCACAGCUUCUUUAUUCCGACUAUGCAUAGCUUUCAGCCCAGGUCUGAACAGUAAUCUGUUUCGACUGGAGAAGUACUGGCAAGGACCAGUAGUACUGUAUUGAAACAGAUAAGUAAAUGCCCUCAUCUCCACAAAACACAAUUUUCAUGAAAAAUGUUACCUUUAUAUUCAACAUUGGUUUGUGUUUUCCUAAGCAGGUAAGUCUUCAGUGGACUAACAGGACAUUUGCAGGAUACCUUGAAGUUUGUUAACGCUGUUUCAUCAUCUUCGUCUUGAAGUGCAGAUUCCAUUUUCUGUGUAGUUCAAAUCUAGUGUAAGAUUCUAUUUUUCUUUUUUCCUAACAAGUAUGGCUGUACUGCAAUGGAAGAUAGAAGUAGCUAUUCUUUCUUUGUUGUGAUGAAGCAAAUGGAAAUAAAAAUUGUCACCUGGCAGAUUUAAAAGCACAGGAAGGAAAUUUGUUUGCACAAGGUCUUUUGAUAGAUCAGCAGGCAGUGGGGACAAACAGGAGGUUCCCUCUGAACACCAGGAGCACUGCUGUGCUGUGCAGGUGAUGGAGCACUGGCAGAGGCUGCACGGAGGCUGUGGGGUCUCCUCCUUGGGGAUAUGCCAAAGUCACCUGAACGUGGCCCUGGGCUCCCUGCUCUGGGUGUCCCUGCUGGAGCAGUGCUUGGGCCAGAGGGACCCAGAGGUCCCUGCCAGCCUUAAGUCUUCGAUGUAAAUAAAGCUUUGCUUUUCUUGGUCUAUAUGAAUCAAUGUAACAGGCUUUUAAUGUUAAAUACUUAUUUACUAGGUUUCCUUUUAAUACAAAGGUAUAAAUCAUUUAGUAUUGCUACAUUACAUUCUAAAGUGGAAUGCUUCAAAGAUGAAAGUUCUUUGAGUUCUUUGAGAAACUCGAAUUGCAGCUCUAUAAAGACUGUACAACUGCAGCCUGCCCUUCCCUUGCCCCCAGCGCAGUCUUAUGGCUUCUGAAGUUGUAGCCCCACAGAGAUCACUAAUUCUUCUCUCAUUAUUUUGGAAGAGGAAGUUAGGACACGGGCCUAACUUGGCACCUGCUGCAAAAAUGUCAGGAAAACUUGAAUGCAGCUCUGCGGAUCACCUGUCUCAGGUUCUCUUUGGCGGUAGCCCCACAUAAAUGACCACAGGGGAUUGCAUGUUAUCCUGAGAAAAGCUCGGAGCAGGAGUCCUUCUUUCUAUGCUGUGAUGGAUGGAGCCUGUGCUGCUCUCAGAAGGAUGCCUCUUCCUGCUGGGGCAAAAUGUCACGUGGCCCGCUUCAGUGCAAGUCCAAGUUUACCUAUGCUGCUGCUCUGUUUUGCUAGGUUACUGUUAAAAUGUUAAAAUGCUGAUGAAGACGGGCUUCUGUAGAAUCCUGCUGCUGCCUUAUGAAUACAAAAGGGAAUCCUAAACCAAGCUUUAGUAUGAGAUGAGGAGUUGGAGCUCUGCUCCCUGGUGUUUGAGUCACCCAAGUACUGUGCUGGAGAGCUGGUAGUUACUGCUGCUGCUGGAAGUGAUUUCUUUGCUGCUGAGCUCUGUGGUUGUAACUCCUCCCUCACCUCUGUGACUGAAGCUGGCGCUCAGUCUUCAUGUAAUUACAGAAUAUCCAACGUUGGACAGGUGCCAAGAAGAUGGUAUAAUCAAAUCAAGAUGUGAUGUAGAGCAGGGUACCCAGAUGGCUCUGGAAUAUUUCCAAGCAGGAGACUCCACAGCCUCUGAGCAGCCUGUUUUAGUGCUCUGUCACCUGCACGGCACGGAAGUGCUUCUGGUGUUCCUAGGAUCACUUAUGUCGGAAAAGACCCUUAAGAUCAAGUCGAGCCAUCAUCCUAAUGCUAAACUUGUCUCUUGUCCCUUCACUGGGCACAAAUGGGAAGGCUCCAUGGUCUUUAUACCCUUAUCAAGUGUUUAAAAAUAUUGAUAGAAUCGCCCCCAGCCCUCUCCCCAGCUGUCUCAAUCUGUCCUCAUAUGAAGGGGCUUCCAGUUCCUUCAUCACUGGCUGCUACUGGAUUGUCACUGCACUUGGCAAUUCCCCGUUGAAUAUCAAGAGGUUCAUGUCAGCCAUUUUCCUAGGCUGUCAAGGUCAUCUUGGGAUGACCCUCCGGUGUUUUUGAUGCCUGUCCCAUCAUCUAGGUCAUUAAUAAAGAUUUUGAACAUGACUGGCCCCAGUGCUUGCAUAUACUGCUCAUUACUGGGCUCCAAGUAGUGUCUAUGCCACUGAUCACAACCUUCUGGGCUUCAGUCACUGUCUGCUUACCCAGCCUGUGCUUUGGCUUGUCAAUGAGGGUAUUAUGUCAGAUAACAUCAAAACUGUCAAGUCAUGUUAGGAAGUAUCCACUGCUUGCCCCGUGUCCCCUGGGCUGGUCACGUCGUCACAGAGGGCUGUCACACCAGGCCAGUUAAGGCCUUACACAUCAUCCCUCCAUAUAGGUGUGCCAACUAUUCCCGGUCACCAUCUUGUUUGUUCUGACUGUGUUUCAUCUCUUUCCCAAGGCCCUUUCCCCAGUUCCCUGGAGGCUCCCUUCCUGCUCUUACCAAAACCAGGAGGGAUGUUUGUUUCCUCCCAGGCCUCAGGAGUCUCUCUGGCUGCAGCCUCACAAUGGCACCAGCCCUCUCCCUUAGCCUUUUUCUGUGGUGUUGCUGUGCCCUUUACUUACUAAGAGGUUCCCUGUUACUUUCCAGGUGCUGCAAAACCACAGUAUCAUAUACACCAGGCUAAGAAAAAAAGUGAACAGCAUUUACUUAGAAAAUUCUAUAAAGUAAAAAAGAAUACAGUUAAAACUUUCUAUCAGAAAAAGCAAAAACAGGAAAAGGUGAAGAAAAUGACUUGAUACAUUUCUGCGAGGUUCAAACCAUCGUUUUUUUUCUCUGUCCAGCUGCCUUCUUGUCACGAUGAUCAACCCUUGAGCAAAAGGGUUAUUUGAGAGCCUCAGUGCUGGGCGCAUUUCCCAGGCACUUCAGCACCUUUCUGUCCUCAGCUUAUGCCUUCCUUCCUGCGAAGGGAAGAGAGGAGGAGGGCCAGGGCUCCCUGAAGAUAGGCGUUUCUUUGACUGGCUGAAUAGUGACUCCUUGUCUCAGGGCAGUGAUGAAGCCCUUUCCUUCUCUUUCUCCCACUAUUCAUUUGUGUGGGUAUCCUUCAGAUUGCAGUGUGAACCUAACUGGCAAAGCAUAAUGGCGUGAUUAAAUGGCAUUAAGAACUCAGACAAGAUUAAGUUAAAAUGUGAGUGAUGACAUUAUAUUUGAGGCAUACCGUGCAACAGCAAACUUAAAGCAGUUGCUCAGACCCCGAGUCGGCCAAAUAUUAGACGCUUAAAAUAAUACAGUUUACACCUGGUCAGUAAAUAUUUCAUGUGGUUCUGCCUUACCAGGAGGGGUACCGGGCUCUGAUUUAAUUCCCAGGAAGGUCAGAAUGCUGUCAGUGUUCCUUGUGAUUCACUGAGGAGUGCUAGCUGGGAUGAGCGUUUCCAAGCCCCUUAUCCAGCUGUAGUUGCCACUGUGUUGCUCUGUAACUUGCUAUUUGAGUCUUGCUGGUUGCUGUACUUUGGUUGCAAAAGUACUUUUUCAAGAAUUGUUUUCAAUAAUUUCAGUAUCUCUUAACUCCUCAGGCUGAGCUACUUUUUUAUUAACGGUGUUCUUUACUGCAUCUUGUGGGCGUACAGCCUUAUCCUUGAAGAUGGCUUUCUGCUGCGUCCUAACUGUGCAAGUUCAUCUCUUCAAGUUAGAACUUAAAGGACCACUUGAGACAGGACCAGUAGCCCUGCAAGACCAGCGGGCAGUGAUGGGAAAUUUACCAACACAGGAAUGGGAAGAAGAUACAUCAGAAAAACAGCUGUUGGCAUCUCCUUGCAUAGGAAAAUCCAAAUUGCAGG